AUGAAAGUCAUCUGUUCACCUGCCCACACACACACAUCACUUGUAGAGUUUUAUGAGUCAGAUGAGUCAAAGUUAUCGAACAACAAUCAAAUGGCGGCUCCGCCAAGUGUCCCAACACCGCCGAAAUCUCGUGGCCUAACUCUAUUCGAUCGGCAAGCGCAAUUACAUGCGUAUGAUACUGAUAAAUCAUCAUCGUCGAGUUCGACAGCAAAUCUGCCCGACAGACCUACAUUCUCAUCGAAACCAAUCACAUCUGCACCUAUCAUCUAUCGUAGUGCACAACAAAAUCACUAUUCCCCAUUACUUGCUCAUCGUCGAUCACCAUUAUCCACUUCCGAAUGUCAUUCCAAUUCAAAUAAUAAUAAUAAUGUACAAUUAAUCGGCAUACAUCCUCGUCCGGAAUCUACUUAUAUCAAAGAAUGGCCAUCACCACCACCGCUACCGGCAAAAAGAAGCGAGCAAUUACUGGAAACGGAUUUUCCGAUGAUAGAGAAUCCUCAAGCACAAGAGUCAGCAACAUCUGGAAGUAGUUUCGCACCAAGUGAUUCAUUAUGCUGUGCAAUGGUUGAACAAGCAUUUGAUUAUUUGCAAACACAUGACGAUAAUGACGAUGUCGUUUAUAAAAAACCCUCCAUCAGCCAUAUCGAUGGUUCCGACAACGAAGAGAACUCUGAAGGCAAUGACAGUGUCGAUACCAUUGAUCUCGAUGCCACAACAAGUACGAAUCAUCAAACUGAUAGUGGGAUUCACACAUCGUCAUCAUCCCAAGUAACUAUUGACAAACGUCAUGACAGUCAAGAGAAACUAACCGAUCAACAGUCACCAAUGGCGUCGUCAUCACGUGGUACCGGAAGCGAAGAUAACGAUAGUGAUUUUGAUAAUCAAUCUCAUGAAGAUGAUCUUGAAAACGAAGACGAACAAGUCAUACCGAAGAAAGCCCCCGAAGAGCUGAUCAAUGAACAAGAAGAAUUGCAAAAACAAUUAAUUAUUCGACAACAAAAAAUUCUUUGGAGUAUCGCACAAGAAUGGUUAAGAAAAGAGAAAAGUUAUAUCGAACAAUUAGAACAACUCGAUCAUCAACUCAAUCAUAUUUCUCUCGGAAUAACUUUACAAGAAAUGAUUCAACAGUUAAUAGCACAUCAUAAAAAUGUUUGUAAAGAAAUCGGAUUCUUGUAUGAACGUGAUCAUCAACCAGCAAAUCUAACCAGACAAUUAACACGUGCAAUCGAUGCUUUGGUGCAAACGUUAAGUCUCUACGAUGAUUAUAUCAAGAAGAACUUAGCACCGAUCAGAAAAGCAUUAGACAAACGACUCACCAACGGCAUGUCUAGUGAAGAUCUUCUAUCCAUUCCACCUAAGCAAUUCCUUCAGAUUCUUUCGCAAGUGCAAGAUUUGUAUAAAACAGCUCUUUCAUUUGGAUCAGAUGAUGCAGUCAGUCUCAAGAAGUUGCACGACUACGCACAGCAAUGUAAAAUCUAUGGAAAUAUCCAAGAUGAAAAUAUCAAUAAGAUUGUUCUGAAAAAUGAAGAUGUGGCGACAUUUACACGAGGCUCUCCUGAUCGAUGUCGUCUUGUUCUGUACCCUGAUGCAAUCGUUUGUUGUUAUUUGAAAAGCAAACUACUUGUCAGUCCGAAAUACGCUCUUCUUUCAUUCAUACCCAUGAUUAGUCUUCAUUGGACAGUACCGCAAACUUCAUCCGAAGAUAACAAAAAUACCGGUGAUGAAUUAAAAUCAAAUUUAAAAUCAUCUUAUAAAGAAUUAGAAAAAGCACCGAAAUCUAAUCAUGUCGCUGCAUCUCGUCUAUCCAAAGCGAUACGCAAACAGGAAAUCGAAUACAAUUUAGCACAAUCAAAACUUCAAUUAAUCCUCUCGAAUUCGGCUGCAGCAGCAGCAGCAACAUCUCGUUCAUCCAUAUCCUUCACAAUUCUUUUCUCUUCAGCUUAUCAACUUCAAGAUUGGGUUGAUCUAAUCGAGAAAACUAAACAAGAACUUGUUCAACGUAGUUCUGACGGCUCAAAAACCAUCAAUACAAAUCAUCAACGUCUGACUGAUUCUCUCAUUCAAAAGCGUCUUGAUUUAAUCAAACCAAACGUUCAAGAUUUCAAUUCUUACGAGUCAUCCUCUGUUCCCAAACCAAGCAAAACGUAUUCGGGUACAUUACAUAUAACUAUCCAUAGUAUUCAUGGAACAGCAUUAUACAAUCCCGCACGACAACAGUCAACGCUGCCGCUGUUGACAAAUCCAACAGAUAACAAUUAUCAAUUUUAUGUUGCGGUUGAAAUCGAUUCAUACAAUACUUUCUUUCCAUACGCUCAAACAGCAAGGCGAUCGAUGCAACAACAAGAAUCUGUGGAAUUCAAAGGAGAAGUUUUUCAAGUGGAAUUGGAAUAUUCCUUAGCAUUUCGUUUACUCAUCUAUCGAAUAGAUGCAAAUAACUCAGGUAAUCAAACAAAUGCUUCUCAACGCGCUCAGUGCAUUGGUAAAUUUCAUCGAAAUAUUGAAACGGCCCUACACGAUUGUCAUCGUAGUGCUAAUGGUGUCCUAACAAUCGAGUCUCCAUCGGGCGAUUUAAAACUGAAAAUAUCAUUGAAAUAUUCCAAACGGGAAGGAACAUUCAAACGGCAAGGAUCAAAACGUAGUCUAGCUGUAUUCGGAAAAAGUAUUGACACGUUAUUAAGUACACCGAAUGGCUGUGUCGAUGGUAUUCCUCGGUUGAUUGUGAAAUGUAUUGAGAUGGUUGAUCGAGAUGGUCUCAAAGAAACAGGUAUUUAUCGUGUAUGUUGUGUGACAUCUGAUUUGCAAAAGCUUCGUAAUCAAUUCGACCGACAUUAUCAUCGCGGCGAAGAAUUAUUAGCUGAAAAGAAUGUUCACGUUGCAGCAAAUCUACUGAAACUAUUCUUUCGCGAAUUACCAGAACCUUUGUUCACCAGUGCGCUUUACACUCAAUUCAUCCAUGCGAUACAAUUGAGAGAUAUGGACAAUCAACGUGUAACAUUGCUAAGAACAUUGGAAUUAUUACCCGCAGCAAAUCGAAAAAUCCUCUUUCAUUUGUUGGACCAUUUGAUACGUGUGAGUGAAUAUUCGGAUGUCAACAUGAUGCACUUGGAUAACUUAGCGGUCGUGUUCGGACCGACUUUGAUGCGGCCAUCUAAGUUGAUUAUGCCAAACUGUUUCUCCAAUAGUAAUCAACGUUUGAAUAUGGCGGGAAACAGUGGUCAAACUGAUUUGGAUCAAAUGUCAGCUGAACUGCAAGGUUCCAUGCAUCAAUGUGAAGUCGUUUUGGCUUGUUUAAAGUUAAGACGAGAUAAUCUAUUGAAAUGA